AGCUGAUUCUCCUCUCUGAAGCCUCUUUUGCGUUUUUGCGCGGGAGAUCUUCCUCCUCCUCCUCCUUGUGCUCGUGCGCCAUGCUCAGGCUGCUGGCGCUCGCGCUGCUGCUGCUGCUGGCGGCCUACGGUUCUGGUUCUGUUGGGCUGAACGACACGGAGCCCGUGGUGCUGGAGGGGAAGUGUCUGGUGGUGUGCGACUCCAACCCGUCCGGGGACGGCGCGGGGGCCGCGAGCUUCGGGAUAUCAGUGCGCGCGGCCGGGGCCAAAGUGGCCUUCUCCGCGGUGAGGGGGACAAACCACGAGCCGUCCGAGAUGAGCAACAAGUCCAUGACCAUCUACUUCGACCAGGUGCUUGUCAACAUCGGGAACCAUUUUGAUCUGAAGGCCAGCGUGUUCACGGCACCGCGGAGAGGAAUCUACAGCUUCAGCUUCCAUGUGGUGAAGGUCUAUAACAGACAGACUAUUCAGGUGAACUUGAUGCACAACGAGUACCCCAUAAUCUCCGCCUUUGCAGGCGAUCAGGACGUGACGCGCGAGGCGGCGAGUAACGGCGUGCUGCUGCACCUGGAGCGCGAGGACCGGCUCUAUCUGAAGCUGGAGCGAGGGAACCUGAUGGGCGGAUGGAAAUACUCCACGUUCUCCGGAUUUCUGGUGUUUCCACUCUAGUUUCCCCACGCCCUGGAGCAGUGGGGAAUGACCCCACACCUGGACAUCCAUGUUCCUGCACGUUUCACCUCCAACCCCAACUCAUGAGUAGCUCUGUAAUAGUGGGAAAUGAAGCAGGGUGUAGUGUUAAUACUCAAAAUAAAUAUUAGACAGCGAACUCCAUACGGAGAUGAGGGGGGAACAAUCAGAAGGUUCUGCUUGGAAUUUUCACAAUCGAGAGGGAGUUAGACGCCUUUGUCCUACUGGUAUUUUUACGCGAUCUUAUUUACAUUAGAAUAAUUUUUUUUCAUUCAAAAAGCAAAGCAUUUUGUUAUGCCUAUAUUAGUGGACAAAACAAGCUUCAUAAUAAUGUAUUUAAUAAUCAGUUCUGAAAACACAGGAUUAAAAAGUAAAAAUAAAUACUGCACAAUUUAAAAGCACAUUCCUUUUGUAUUUGCUGAGUCUAUCAUAUUGGAAAAUAAUAAAACAUUAAAUAUUUUGCUUUGCUAUGUCAAAUUUAGCCAAAAAACACAAAUUGUGCACUAAAUUUAGCUGAAAAUGCCAUAUUUAAGUGUGUCCUGUGUGGAGGAUGUGUUAACUUAUUUUCACAUAGAAAAUCAACAAAACUUGACCAGAGGCGUCCAAACUUAAAGAUUCCCACUCCUCCUUGAUUGUAGCCUCUCACUCUUGUUCGUGCAGCUCAUUAACUUGUUAUAGGAGAGGCUCUCAAGGAGAACUGGAGCUUCACAGUUUAUUGAACCCAAUGAUUCAUCUCCCACGAGCACUGUCCAGCAUAACCUGUCCAGCAUAACCUGUCCAGCAUAGCUUGUCCAGCAUAGCCUGUGCAGAUUUUGCUUUAAAAGCCAUUUAAAAGCAGUGUUUGAAUGAAAUCUCAGAUUUUAUCAUAGCAACAUACAGUGUGUGGGCAGCUGGGCUUCAGCCUGCACUGCUAUAGCACUAAAUGGUGCGUGCAAUCACAUAUUUCCACCGGAGGGGUCUCCAAAUCCCCAAAUUCUACAGUGUUGAAACUAUCUAGCCUACAUAUAAAACAUCUUAAAUAAAUUUCAGGUCAUAAUCUUCUAAAUUUAACACAAAUAUUGAGAAAUGCUGCUGCAAAAUCAAGCAUUUUGGUCUGUGACUAUCACACAAAAUGUCCACUUCUGUAUUUAAAAUAAGUUAAAUAAAUAUUAGCCUCAUAAUCUUCGAAAUUUGCCUCAAAUUGGCAGAAAUGCUGCAGCAAAAUCAAGAAUUUUGGUCUGCAACAAUCCCAGAAAUGUCUGUGACAUCCUAGUUUGCCUGAGAUUCUAUGCUGCACCUGUUUUAAGUUCAAAAAUUGGACGUCCUUAACUAAAUCCUGCAGAAUGACUGGUGCGCACUACAAUUGGUGGAAAUGUUGGUGUGGUAGUUAGGUGUGAUAAAUUGGGGUUGGAGCUAAAGCUCUGCAGAACAGUAGAUGUCAAAGUGCGGGGUUAGUGACCACUGCUCUAGCAGUUUCCAGUCGAGUCCUGAUUGAUCCACAUACAGUCUAUGCUUUUGUUUAGUUUGAGCUUCAGACACAGAUCCUGGCGAGCACAGGCUGGAGAUGCUAAUUACGUGGCUCAGAAAUGAAGUGUGGACUGGCUGAGGGUCACUGAGGACUGGACUGAGAACUCCAGACCACAAAGCUUGAGAAGAGGAUGUGUAACCAGAGGACUUUACUCCAAAGGGAUUCGUGUUCUGCUGUUUGUCGAGAUUCUAUCCCGUAAUAUUUGUUUUUUUGGAUUCAGAAUUUUUUUUUCCCCACCCAAACAACCCAAACUGUGUGUAAAGUGUUGUAAAAGAACCGUGUUGAAUGACAAAUGCAACGUAGCUGUAGGUUAUAGUUUUAAAUAAUUUUUUGUAUACAAGAGCAUAUUUUGCACGGGUUGUGGUUUGUAUAGUGCUUGACGUUUACUCUCUAUAAUAGUCUACAAACCUACAUGUUCCGUAGCACCAAUGGUUUCUUUUCAUCGCUGUUCUUCCGUCUAUAGCAAUAUCUUGCAUCUUUAAACCACUUGAAUGUAAAUAUGAGUAUCAUGCCAUAAACACAAGGAAUGUAACCAUUAUCUUAGUUUCAUUUGUCCACACACUGGACAUGGCAGGAAAAUAAUAGACUUGAAGCUUACAGUCACUGGCCAUUUUAUUAGAAACACCUCGUACCUCCACUCACUGGUCACUUUAUAUGCUCUACUUACCUAAAUCAGGGACCACCCUUCAUUUAUUAAGUACAAGUUACUCAUUUUUCAGCGCCGGAAAAAAAGCAGAAGACAUGGAGAAGAUUCCACGAAAGCUUCUAACAUUAAGUAUAAUAUCAGUUUUCAAUAUUUAGUUUGUCCUCAGUUUCUUUGAUUACAGCUUCCGUUCUUUUUGAUGGUCUUGCUUUCAGUUUUUCAAAGAAAUCUCCAGAUAUUCUUCCACACCUCCAAAGUUCAGUCCUUGGAGUUGGUUGCACCUCUGCCUCCCAUGAUGCAAGUAAUCCCAAACACCUUGAGGUCGGGACUCUGGGGUUGCCACUUUGUUUGACCGCUACACUCUGGGCACUGAGAUGGACAGAAACAUCUGUGGAUGUUUUCAGAUGUAAAGCAGCUUAAUUUUCUCCUCACACUCAAAGAUGAAAGCUUUAAGUGCUGUUUAUCUGAUGGGGGCAGUUUUGGUGUCUACCAGGUCUUGCGUGGUUGUUAGGAAUCUCAUUCCAGUUUGGGAAAACUCCUGUUUUCCUUUGACUUUCCCCUUCCUUGUGCAAGGAAUUUUACAUCUAAUUUCCUUAGAGAUAUCUCAUGAAACAUGUACAAAAUCAGAUGUUUGAAACUAAGAACAUUGUGAAGUGUCUAAAAACAUCGUAAACAGGUGAUGCAAUCAUGAUUAAAGGAUCAACUAGGAAAGAUAUAGAACUCUUUGAGCACGGAUGGGUCGAAGCUCAUUGCUUGGCCAAAAAUGCAUCAGUGAAAAAUCCAACAGUUGAAAAAAUACUGUUCCUUGAUGAACGAUAGCAAGGGUUUUAGGUGUUUUACCCUCUAUGGUGCAUAAUAAUAUUCAGAAUUCAGAAAUCUGGAGAAACCUCUGCGCAUAAAGGGCAAGGCCACAAACCACAGUGGAAUGAGCCCUCAGACAGCACUGCAUGGAAAACCAGCAUACCUCUGGCAGUUUUGAGUGAAAAUGAAGGGUGGUCUCUGACUUUUGGGCAGUAUUGUAGGACCACUAUACUGGUGUAGAAUCAUCAUUAUCAUCUGUCCUCUAUCCUCUUUAUCAUGACUCACUUUCUGACCACAGGACCACUGGUGUCCAGAGCUGCAGUCUCUACCUGUACAAUAGGAAGUGCAGCUACAAGAGAGGGGUUUCUAAUAAAGUGGCCGGGGAGUGUAAACACAAAACAGAAAAAUUCACUUCAGUCUUUUACCUUCAUUUGGGAAAUAAACUUUCAUCGACCAACUCU